AUGGACAUGUCAGAGGCAAAGUACGCCAACCUCCACCUCGAGGACGACGACCGCAGCAGCACCGAGGUCGAGGAGUCGCUCAUCGGCGGCGGCGACGACAAGUACACCCGCGACUUCGCGAGGCCGCAGAAGAGGAGGAACCGGUGUCUCAGCAUGCUCAACUCGUCGCGGUGGUUCGUCGACACGAUACUGCUGCUCGUCAUCCUCGGCCUGCUCGUCCGCGAGAGGAUGGACAAGCCCCCCGUCAACCCCUGGGACUUUGGCGGCGACCUGACGGGCGUCAGCGGCCACUUCCCUCAGCAGAUCAAGAAGUUCGAGAUGGACUACGAGGGCAAGUACGCCCCCAACGACACGUCAAAGUUCUUUACCGACGAGGUGCUCAACAACUGGAACGAACUGAUGCCGAUUGGCAUGGGUUUCCAAUGGGUCAACGACACGCACAAGUACCACGACCUGCCCACCCCCAUCGUCUGGCCCGAGAAGACCGUCUUCACCACCUCCAUCACCCACCAGCUUCACUGCCUGUUCGCCGUCGUCCAGACCUACUCCGGUCUCAAGUCCGGCCACGAGAUCCCCGACGACCACCACUGGCACAUGAUCCACUGCUUCUCGUACCUCAGAGAAACCAUCAUGUGCAGUGCUGACAUGGCGCUGGAGGGUCUCGAGACCACCUUCCCCGACCACAACGGUGGCUCCGACGGUUGGGACUCGAAGCACGUGUGCAAGGAUUAUAAUGCGGUCAAGACCUACCUGGAGAGCGUCAGGGCGUACGACGAUAGAGAAAUCUUCUAA